UCACAAAAUUUUCAGGUCUUCCCUCUACUCGCAGUUUUCUGCCUUCUUUGUAUUCUCUGUCUAAGUUUUAUAUUUUUUGGAAGAAGAGAAGGACAACAUUGGCGGGAUUAUAAAACUCCAAAGAAUCAAUUAGAGCAAUAUUUAAAUCUUCGAGAGUCUCAACAUCAUUUAAGAGAAAUGUCACAACAAAGGCAAUUACUUGCAUCAAUGAGUCAUUCUGGGAGGGAAAAGUCUGAUAUGAGUAUUGGGACUUUUCUUAGACCUAUUAAAGAUGAAGAAAAAGGAAGUAGUCAGAUUAGUUCAAAACCUGAUUCGACAACCGAAAGAGUCAGUAGUUACCCAACAUCUUCAAUAGGAAAACAAACAGUUGCGGAAGCUGCUAGAGCUAAUGGUUCAGCAUUACAUUUAUACAGGCAUCCAAUAAUUGAUUCUGAUGGGGAUGAAGUAGAUGAGGAAGGAAUUAGAGGGAAUCAAGAAAAUAGAUGGAUUAAUAAUCAACGAUGGUAG